AUGAACAGCUUUGAAGAGGUUUUGGCUGAACAGGUACGCCUGUACAGACAUCUUUAUGAUCCGUCUAUGCGUGAUCAUAAGGACAGCCAGAUGGCAAAUAACUCUUGGCGUGAAAUUGCAACCACCGUGGGGAAGGAAGAAAGUGUUUGCAAGAAGGUCUGGAAGAAUCUAUGCGACAAGUUUGUAAAGGCCAAAAAGAGAGGUCAGGGUAAACGUGGAGACCCAGGUGGAGUAAAACAUGUACCACCAAUCCUCUUGGAGCUUGGCUGGUUAUUACAAUUUGUGAAACACCGGGAAACGGAUUCAAAUAUGGACGAUGAGGAGGAACAGAGUGUGGCCCCCAGUCAUCAGCUGGAAAGCAGAUGGAAAGUGCUGGAAAGCAGCACUACUGAAAAUUGCUCAUCAUCAUCAUCCUCCUCAACAGUGCCUUCACCACUUCCUUCACCAGUUCCUACCUCACCGGUUCCCCUUGACCUGUGUGCUGCCCAGACAGCUGCACCUAGAUGUACAACCUCUCCCUGCACAGAUACAUCUUCACCUUCACCUUCACAAAGCAUCUUGGUUCAUUCGCCGACAUUGCUAGCAGAUUCGGCACGUAAGAGAAAACGGAACACUGAGGAUGUUCUUUUGAAGAGAUUGGAGAGGUUGGACCAGGAAAGAGAAAUGGCCAGGCAACAGGACAAUGAGGACCACAGAUUUGGCGCUGUGCUUGCAGACAUGUUGUCUCAAGUUGACCCAGAAGAGAAGACGCGUGUAAAGUUCAGGCUUUUUCAAGUUCUUUUUGAGGUUCUGGACAAGCAGACAGCUUGA